AUGUCGCUCGGUCGUCGCCCAACAAAAUCAGAGGCAAGUAAGAAGGCAUGGCAUCGACCUAUGGACUGGCCUGCCGAGGAAGACAAGACCAAGAAUCUUUGUUCGAGGCACGAAUCAAUGAACUUGAGCAGGGGAUCAUUCGCAGCUUGGCCCAUUAACAAAGAACUCCCGUUGGAUACUCCCUUCGGCAUCCUUAGAAGCGUUCGCGAGAGAGCGACAUUCUGCGUGCUUUGCCGCCUCAUUAGCCAGGCUGCAGAAGAUGUCGUAGAUGCCGAUCGAGCCGAUAUUAUUGGAUGCUGGGUUAGGGAUGGCCGGCUGGAAGGGAAGGAGACAACUAGCCUUAGACUGAGGGUCACAUCUCCUCCGCUUGUGGAUGGAUAUAACACCUAUCAAGUCUGCGACAUCGUUCCGUAUGACCCCGACGGUAUGAUUUCCGACCUUUUCACCGGGCGCGCAAUGAACAAGCAGCAAAUUGACUUUACUCUGGCCUGUUCGUGGGUUCGUAAAUGCGAGGAGUGGCACGGAAGGGCUUGUCGUCAGAAGGAAGCUUGGACGACUACGGCAAUUGGGGUGCCCUUCAUCCGGCUGUUGGACCUCAAGCAGAACUGCGUGGUGGAAAUGGCUGCUCCCCCUUCAUAUGUCUGUUUGAGCUAUGUUUGGGGAUCAGCACCCGUGUUCAAAACGACGCAAGCAAAUCUUGCCCAGAUGAAAUUGGUCAAGUCUCUCAACCGCGCAGGAAAUGAGAUUCCCCGAUCUAUCCGGGAUGCCAUCCGGGUCACCAAGACCCUGGGGGAACGAUACCUUUGGGUUGACUCGAUGUGCAUUGUGCAGGACGACGAUGUAGACAAGGGCCAGCAGAUUUCAAUGAUGGGCGAAAUCUACAAGCGAGCAUCCUUGACACUUGUGAUAGCGGGUGGGGAUCAUGCCAAUUGUGGUAUCAGCGGGAUGAGCAAGGGUGGUCGUAACAUCAAACAAAACAUCGCUCACCUCUCCAAUGACUUGUCACUAGUACAGCUCUUGGCAGAUGGCAAUCGGGCGGUCAACAAGGCUGCGUGGAAUACUCGUGGAUGGACUUAUCAAGAACGUAUCCUAUCCCUCCGUUGCCUCUUUUUUACGGACGACACCAUUUACUUCCAAUGUCAGAAGGCAGCGUGGAGCGAGGACUUCAAAGCUGAGCAUCCCGCGAUGACCGUCUGCGCUCCAAUGCUAAAUAUCAGGCUGUCUUUGGACGGAAAUCCAGCGAAGGUCAUUCCUCGGGAUGAGUACAAUCUUGUGACUCACAGAAGGCCAUAUUUCUACGAGUAUUGCCGCUUGGUGAAGAACUAUACUGUGCGCAAGAUGUCCUACACCAGUGAUCGAAUCCCAGGCUUUCAAGCCGUGCUGAACACUUUCGAGCAAGUGUACGGAUUGUCAUUAAUUCAAGGCCUGCCCGAAGAGAUGUUCUACGAAAGCCUCCUCUGGCACUCCACCACUGGAAGAGUCAAGCGUGUUGAAGCUUACCCAAGUUGGUCGUGGGCAGGCUGGACGGGUGGAGUGGAGUAUCCCGAUCUUCAAGACUUCAAUGGUCUCCCAGUGUUGAGCGAGAGGUGGCGGAGAACACGGCCAACAUCUGAGAUGAUGAUCCAGGACUUGAGCGCUCAGCGUACGCGGCCGGUUCGUACGUGCGAUUACCAGAAUACUGUAUUGCCCGAAGGAUGGAAGCCUGAGGAAAUGGAAGGUGGGGAUAUGGUAUAUUUCCAGAUUGAUAAACCCAGCAUCCUACACUCCAUACCUCCUCCCGUUCGAUUGGCAGAGGGCGAUGCAACUAUCUCUCCAGGUGGCCUCCUCAUCCGCACACAAAUCGCUAAAUUUCGAUUGACUUCCGAAGCUCGCAGCGAUAGGCAGGAAGAUAAGAACAAACCCCGCUUCGGGAUUUUGCCAGUAAAUCCGCCCGAAGCUGGACAUCGAGAAACAUGGAUUGGAGGGAUUCGUUUAUCUGGGUUUUGGCAUCUGAAGUAUAAAGGGAACAACCCUACGCCGUUCAGGUUCAUCGUCCUAUCAGAGGCUUAUGGAUUCGGUCCCGACGAGGUUGGUCCUGAUGUGGCAGGGAAAGUGGAACCGUAUAGUGUAGUCAAUGUUAUGCUUGUCAAAAGGAAACAACCAACUUCAGCGGAGGGUCCAAUAGUGGUUGAGAGAGUUGGAGUAGGACGGAUGCUGAAGAGCGCUUGGAACGCGAAUGGCCAUGUAACGGACGUAUUAAUUGUAUAA